AUGGCGCAGAAGAAAAAAAUACAAAAUUUGCUGACUUGGUGUCUGUCUUCUGUGGAAAGAAAUGAUGAAGUUGUCCUAUCAUGGAGUUUCUAUGGUCUUGCCAAUAACAAGGUAGAGAAUGUUAGUACUAUUUUGUUUGCCGCAGUCCCCGUAAUAGUGAUUCACUAUUUCAGAGUAGUCGAAAUCCGUCUUUUGCCCUUCAGCUAUCAUUGUGUUGCUACUCAUAACUAUAUUAACUAUAUGCAGGUAUGCCAUGUAUGUUUUGUGUGCUGUGUUGGGGGUAACCUGAAGCACUGUAGAAAAUGCCUUCAGUCCUAUAAUCUCCAAUGCCUAGAUAAGCCCCAUAAGGAAAAGAAACACAUUGAAGUAUCUGGCGCAAGACAAAUACUGAUUGAAACAGUUCCGACAAGUCUUGAUGAGGUUCCUUCCCAAAGGGAUGUAUAUGGGAAUAAGUCUAGUGGCAAGAAAGUAGGCUCAUCUUCAAAUGCUAAUGCUGGAGCAUUGGUUGAUGAUAAAAAGAUACACAAUAUGGUCUAUGUCGAUGAUAUCCUAGUUACUGGGAAUUGCAACACUGCCUGCAGAUCUCUUAUUUCUCUUCUUAGUGCCAAGUUUCCUGUUAAAGAUCUUGGUCCUUUACGUUACUUUCUUGGGUUAGAAGUUCAUCGAUCUGGCAAGGGUAUUUUUCUUUCUCAAACCAAAUAUGCCUGUGAUCUCCUCAAGAAAACAGAUUUUAUUGGCGCCAGCCCCUGUUCUACUCCUCUGGGCUCUUACAAGUUGGAUAACUCUGGUGACAUUCUUGCUGAUGCUACCUUUUAUCGCUCUACUGUUGGAGCUCUUUAG